AUGGUUAAUAUGGAUAUAUUGGAUGAACCACUACCAGGUCAGUUUGAUUCUGUCCUACUUAUGCAACCAGAGAACAUAAUGCGCCCAACUAAUAACAACACAAACGAAAUUAAUCAGCAACAAUAUCGGGGUUAUACUAAUGAUCACUCUAGAUCACACGAGCCUUUAAAAGGUUCGCACCCGGUGGCUCGCCCUAGGUCAUAUAUACAAAAUGUUGAGCAACAUAUCGUGGACCCACAUUGUUAUACAGUCCAACACAUGGAUUUGCCCUCAAAGCCUGUGAUGGAAAGUGCUGGAUUGAAUACCACGGUAGUCAAGCCCAAUAACUGGAAUAACCCAAAUGAAACAAUUGGGAAAAAUGAGAUCACAAUUGUAUUGUUGGGAGAGUCAGGUGUGGGAAAGUCCACAUUCAUUAACGCAUUUGUAAACUAUUUGUCGUUUGCAAGUCUGGAUGCAGCCAAUGAUCAGCCCAUAUGUUUAAUUCCGCCAAACGAAGCGAGACUCGAUGUCCUCUUUAAAUAUUGUUUGUUUCAAUUGUUCACUCAAUUGAAUAAAAGUGCCGCAAAUAAUAUAUUAUUUCUAUUCACAAACUCCCGGAGCACUGAUUACAUGCCCGGAGAUUCCGGACUCGCAUUACUCAGUAUUUUGGACCAAAUCAGGGAAAGUCCGCCAAAUGUUGACAUCCCUUAUAAUAGAGAUACAGUCUAUUGUUUUGAUUCCGAGUCUUUCCGAUAUCUCGUGGCUUCGGUUCCGCCAAAUAAUAUACAGUUUGAGCCGAGAUUAAAAUCGACAUAUAUUGAAAGUUGGGACAGAUCUGUUAAUGAAUGUCAGCGACUAUUAAACCACAUUAUACAACUGCCGGCACACAAACCAAAGACAGUGUGCGGUCACGACCAGUGUUGUAACACCACGGUCAUUAAUCACAUAUCCAAACCAAAUUAUCACACACCGUGCCAUUCACCAUGCUACCUUCACUAUAACGAUGGUAAUAUUAUGGGCAAUAGGGCCAUACGACUAUGCAAGUCAUUCAACAAAUAUAACACCAAAGAUCAUGAUUCAAAUAAAAGCAAGGAGGUGCUCCGAGAAGUGCCCGACAAUAAUACGUGCGUAAAAUCUGUUGCAUUGACCGAAUCCGAGGGUCCGGACCAUGAAAUCCGACGUCUGGACCAACGGAUUGAUGAAUUGAGUACUGAAAGCGAGACAAUCAUCAACUCUAUGGCAUUAUUUGCCUGUUUUCUGGCCAACAAUACGUUGACCGCCUGUCCGGACGCCUUCGACGACUACGUCCACCACUUGAUGUCGAGUCAACCGUACGGUACGGACCGCCACAGUCGGGCCAUAAUUGCGUGGUUUGAACAGUUUUUGCAUAAUUACCGACAUGCAAAAUUGGCCAUCGUGAAUAAUAUGCCCUAUGGUGUUGUGAUUACCGUAGAGCGUGUGGCACAGGUUGUUAGAAAUCUGUCCAUGAUGAAACAUAACGGACAUCUAUUUCGCAAUAUUCUAAGUCAUGAACGUCAGACCAAAGUAAAAUACCACGUGAUUCACAACGAGAUAGAUUACAAGAAUCAAACGCAUAGAAGAUUUAGCUUGGCUACAUUUUUGGCAAAAUUAAAUCACCGAUUAAGCACCUAA